UCUACGACGCCCAGGAAUCUGGACGAAAAGGUAGCCGUCUUUCCGGAGACGAGAGCACGGCCUGAAUUGUUUAUCACCGGCGUGAUUCGGAAGCCCGGCGUACCGCCGCCGGAGAAGAUCCCGCCCGAUAUGACUCCGCUGGUCGAUGGUUGAGGGAUCCUACCCAGAUUCGUCGUGGAGGCACCGGACACCCCCUUAUUCCCGCAUCGAAAUCUGGGUGGACUGGGAUCCAUGGCGGCGGCGGAGGGGGCGAGGAAGAAGGUCAUCAUCGACACCGACCCCGGGAUCGAUGACGCGAUGGCCAUCUUCGUGGCGCUGCGCUCGCCGGAGCUCCAGGUGCUCGGCCUCACCACCACCUUCGGCAACGUCCACACCGCCCUCGCCACGCGCAACGCGCUCCACCUGCUGGAGGCUGUUGGGAGGACCGACAUCCCCGUCGCCGAGGGAUCCCAUGUAACAAUCAAGAAAGCCAGCAAGCUGAGGAUCGCGAGCUUCGUCCACGGUUCAGACGGUCUCGGAAAUCAGGACUUCCCUGCACCGACUACAAAGCAGGUAGAUCAAACAGCUGCUGCCUUCCUCGUUGAGCAGGCAAAUCUGUACCCCGGACAAGUUACCGUCGUCGCCCUUGGUCCGCUAACCAACCUUGCUCUGGCCAUCGAGCUUGACCCUUCGUUUCCGAAGAAGAUAGGACAGAUAAUUAUUCUUGGUGGUGCGUAUUCAGUCAAUGGAAAUGUCAACCCUGCAGCUGAGGCAAAUAUAUUUGGGGAUCCUGACGCGGCAGAUAUUGUGUUCACCUGCGGUGCUGAUAUUUUGGCCAUCGGACUAAAUGUAACACACCAAGUAGUUCUUACAGACGCUGACCGGGAGAAGCUUGAACAGUGUGAUAGCAAAUACGCUCGCUACUUAUGCAAGAUAAUGGGCAUUUAUUUUGAUUACCACAAGGAUGCUUACUUCAUAAAAGGAGUGUAUCUUCAUGAUCCGACAACGCUUAUCGCUGCAGUAAAUCCGUCGCUGAUGACUUAUACGGAAGGUGUGGUGAGGGUGCAGACGGUAGGAAUCACAAAGGGCCUUACAGUUUUUGACAACACCAAGAAAAGGUACGGGGAGAUCACAGCCUGGACCGGCAUGCCGACCGUGAAGGUUGCGGUCACCGUCGAUGCCCCCGCCGUGGUGGAGCUGAUGAUGCAGAGGCUGAUGACAGAUGAUUAACCAACGACCACUGAUUAGCACGACCGAGGAAGAUCCCUCGAAAGAAACCGCUCUGUACUUGUAACUUUGAGGGAUGAUGCGCCUCUGUUUCGUUGAGACUUUUACAGUCUAUAAGAAAGAAAGAAGCGUUGGAAUGUGUAACACCAGACCAGACAUCCAUUGCGUUUGUGGACGUUGUUCGGCAGAUUGUUGCGUCAAGUUUUCAAGUGUCAAAAGCA